AUGAUGGAGGUGAGCCCGUCUCCGGAGCAAGGAGUGAUGGCGGGAAGGGAGCCGUUCGGGCUGCCGAAGACCCCGGCGACGCCGCCGUCCUCCGGGGGCACGCAGAGCCUGCGCAUGGCGUACACGACGGACGGCACCGCCAUCUUCACCCCGGUGAGCUCCGUGCCGCCCGCGACGGCGACGUACCAGCCCGUGGCUGUUUCAAGCUUGGCUGGCGUGGGAGGCAAUGGUGGCGCGCCGGUGCACCCGGGCGGCGCGGGUGAGCCGGUGGCCAAGAAGAAGCGUGGUCGGCCAAGAAAGUACGGCCCCGACGGCUCCAUAUCGCUGGCAUUGGUGCCCGCAUCCAUGGCUGCAGCGCCGGCGCCGGCACCGGCGCCGCCGGCUCCGGCACCGGCGCCGCCGGCUCCUGGUGCUUCCGGUCCUUUCUCGCCUAACGGCCCGAAGACGCCGAACACCGCGCCGUCAGCGUCGCCGGACGGCGCGAAGAAGCGGGGCCGGCCGAAGGGCUCCACCAACAAGAAGCACGUGCCUGCUCUUGGGCCAACAGGGGCAGGUUUUACACCUCAUCUUAUUUUUGUAAAAGCCGGAGAGGACGUAUCGGCAAAGAUCAUGUCGUUCUCUCAGCACGGGACACGCGCGGUUUGCAUCCUUUCAGCAAAUGGCGCCAUAUCAAAUGUGACGCUUCGGCAAUCUGCUACUUCUGGUGGAACGGUGACAUACGAGGGUCGUUUCGAGAUACUGUCUCUGUCCGGGUCGUUUCUUCUGUCAGAGAAUGGUGGCCAUCGCAGUCGAACUGGUGGGCUCAGCGUUUCGCUAGCAGGCCCUGAUGGCCGUGUCCUGGGCGGUAGUGUUGCCGGACUUCUGACAGCUGCUUCACCAGUACAGAUCGUAGUGGGGAGCUUCGACGCCGAAGGAAAGAAGGAGCCGAAGCAGCAGAAGCUUGCUCCGUCACCGUCAGACCCAUCACCGGCGCCACUAAAGCUCGCGCCGAUGACGACGGGCGUGGCGGCAGGGACAAGCAGCCCGCCGUCGAGAGGGACAUUGAGCCUGAGCGAAUCAUCCGGCGGCGCACCAAGCCCGCCGCACGCAGGGGCCAGCGGCGGCGGCGGCGGCCAUGGGCAGCAGCAGCAGCCAGGGGGCUUCUCCGGCCUGUCCUGGAAAUGA